AUGAAGAAAGAAGACGCAACAACGAAGAAAGAAGACGCAACGACGAAGAAGGAAGAAGCAACGACGAAGAAGCCAGAAGCCAAAGAAUCCGGCGCAACGUUCACCGUAAAUUGUGAAGACAUCCAAAAGAAGAGAAAACUAAAAGUAACAAUCUAUGUUAUUGUUAUUGUGGCUGUGAUUGUACUAGCCGGUCUUUUUGGACUCAUCUUCACCUUGUUCAAAGUGCCUGUCCCACGGUUCAUGCUUGACGAUGUCUCCCUUGAUCCCAUCUCAAGUUCAAAAGUGCUGGUGAAACUCUCAUCGACCAACCCAAGCUCCUCGACUCUUUACUACAGCGAGAUGAGUCUACACGUGCAGCUCGAAGAAAUUUUCGAGACGGAGAGGGUUUACUUGCAGAGCACGCUACAAGAGCCAGAUGAACGUACCACGUGGACAGGUGUCGUAGCAAGAAAUAAUGCCCAAUACGACAAGCCUGACGGUACUUUUCAGGUCAGAGACGGUGUGGAAAACGGCAAUGUUAUUGCAGAAGUAAAGAUCCAAAAGAAGAGUUGUAUGUUUAACUCGAAGAGGUUGCGCGUUACGUGUCCAGUUUUGUUCAACUUGAAAGACUUGACCGCAGUAAUUUCCAGACCAAUGUGUACUUGUAAGGUCAUUUAGACUUGACUGCAGUAGUUUCCAGACAUAUGUGUCGAAGGUUUUUAACCUUUUUAACUACUAGAAAAGUUUAUAGUUUUGCAUUUUGUAGCAUUGAUAAUUU